UUAACAGGUUCUUUCCAGAACGCGUCGAUUUACAAGAAGCAACCGACAAUAGGAUGGUCCAUCUCUAAAUAGCUACAACUGAGUGGGCGAACGGUGCACUGCAGAGAGGAAGUAUGACAACGCCAGGAAGUGGCGAGUCUACCUGUGCACACACCACAAUACAUUUACUCCAGAUAUUACCAGCUUUUCUCAACACACACGAUCAGUCUGAUUACAAACAGCACCUCUAGCAGUAUGAUGACUCUCUGGUCUUUGGCAGUCGUUUGUUUGGCUCUGAAUAUGAAUUCAGCAGUCUGUUUUGAGAAGAAUUUGAACUCGAGUGGCUCGUACCAAACAAUCAGGGCGAUACAACAAUCUUCACUACAGAAUGCGAUCGUUCUAGAUCUGCAGCUGACUAUUACAAGGAAUAUGUCUGAAGGAAGACUCGAGUUGGUUUCAUCACAUUACCUACUCAGGGACAUGGCAGCACCAUUGAGUGUCUUGUUUCAUCCACAACUGCAUCAGUUCUCUGUAAUAAUGUAUAAGACAUCAGGAAGGCAGCAUGUCGAGACGUUCUAUUACGAUCUUGAAGUUGAAGCAGUAAAUCGGGUGACUCUGGUGUUGGCUGAUCACCAGCUGGUGAUAUACGUCAACUGUAGUCUUGUGUAUGAUCGACACAUUGGUAGUGUCAAUCUCGGACUUCUAAGAACUCACACCCAGUUAUAUGACGCUAGCUUCUUGUCUAGGCCAUUGCAUAGUAGCAGGCUGGUGGAGUCUAAGGUGUUGGUUGGAUUUGAAGAGAGAAGUUGGAAGAGGCUGUGUUAUCAACCAUUGCAACACCAUGUUUUACGGUCGUGUGCACUUGCUGAUGAAAGGACGAGUUUGGUGGAGAAACUGCAGUCGGACCUGCAGUCAUGUUCGAAUAACAUUUCUGUUGCUGUGCGAGACAAACGCUCACUAAUCACCGAACUGAGCAAAUGGCAAGGAUGCGAAUGUUCUCGGCCGUGCUGGCACAAUGGAAAGAAAAGAAUAGAAGGAAGCAAAUGGCAAACUAGAUACGAAACAUGCAUUUGCUCAAAUGGUACGACACAUUGCAGAUGUAGAGUUUCCAAGUGCUGGGAUUCGGAGUCAUUAUUCAGAGUGAAAGGUCACCGCUGUCCUCGUUGCUUCAGAAAAUGCAGGGUGGCCGGCAACGAAUACCAACAUUUAUCUUGGCAAAAGGUUUCAUCAACAAAGAAUUGUCAAUGCCAGAACGGCGUUUGGGCAAACUGCACGGAGGUGACAGACCCUCCACCCGGUAUAGUCUGUCAAAGUUGUUUGAGUCAACGUGGCUGUUACCAGGAUCGCUACUACAACUGUAGAUGUCGAAGAGAAAGCGAUGUCAAAAUUACUUGUCAUCGAGCUUGUAAUACUGGCUUUCUGCUUCAUCCAGUGAGCAGGGAGUGCUAUAAUGGACAGAUAAUUCGGCUCUCUUAUUCUGAUGCGAGUUAUGUUGGAACGCUGAUGGGAAAAUGAAUGAGAGACUAGAAGAGAGAAAUAGGAAUGAUAUUGGUUGUUGAUAUUAAAGACUCGGUUGACUGUGUAAUUGUGCAUGCAGUUUAUUGAUUCGUUAGAUGUUAGUUGACUGCUUGUCUUUGAAGUGAUUUUUGUAUGGAAGGCAACUUGUGGUGAUGUGGUUAUGUUGUAGAGUAGGUUGAAAUGUGUUAUAUGGAUUUGUUUUUAUUAUGUGUGUAUUGGUAUAAGUUGUUUGUGUAAUGCA